ACAAUUUGACAUUUUCGUUCCUAAAGAAUUGCUAUCAUUGGUCAAUGAAAAUUACGUUAUCUGUGACAUGAUUGGGCUGAAUUCGAUCUAAAAGAAACUCCCGCCAACAACUGUCUUUCAGUUUGACUCAGUUCGAGUUUUUAGUAGCGAGUAAAUAAAGAAACAUUUUGUGUACAUAUUUCGUUGGAUUCUUAUUAUAUUUGAUUUCGCGUCUCCUGUAAAUAUAAUGGAUGCCAACAGUUCUCCAGUUCGUUCUGAUAGGCAUGCGGAGGCAAUGACGUCUCCUGCGCCAGAUAUAGAUGAACCGUUUGAAGAUGAAUCUGAUUUACUUAGUAAUGACAAUGACAUUAACCAGGCAGAAGAGGAAGAGGAAGGAGAAGAGUUAUUUGGGGAUAAUAUGGAAGACGAUUACCGUCCUAUGCCAGCUUUAGACAGAUACGAUCCUAAUCUCGUUGAUGAUGAAGCUUACUCGGAAAUGUCUCAAGGAGAACGUGCUGCUGCUGAAACUGCUAUGCUUAAAAGAGACAGAGCAGCAGGCAUUAUCAGAGACGAUAGAUAUUUGCUUUACGAUGAAAGUGACGAGGAAGAAGUACAAGCACGUAAGCGACGUAUGGCUGAAAAGGCUGCAACAGGUGAACUAGAAGAUGUAGAAAUGAUCGAGUCCAUUGAAAAUUUAGAAGAUACUAAAGGUCAUACAGUUAAAGAAUGGGUAUCUAUGUUAGGUCCCAGAACAGAAAUCUAUAAUCGAUUCAAAAGUUUCUUACGUACGCAUACUAAUUCUAAAGGACAAUAUAUGUACAAAGAAAGAAUUCGUCAUAUGUGUGAAAGUAAUCAAUCCAGUUUUUUUGUGGAAUUUCCUAUUCUUGCAAGUAAAGAACAUGUUUUGGCCUAUUUUUUGCCUGAAGCUCCAUUUCAAAUGUUGGAAAUAUUUGAUGAAGUAGCAAAGGAUUUAGUACUCACCAUUUUCCCUAGUUAUGAACGAGUUACUACCGAAAUUCAUGUCAGGAUAUCAGAAUUACCUUUAAUAGAGGAAAUCCGAACAUUCAGAAAGUUACAUUUAAAUCAGUUGGUACGCACUUUGGGUGUUGUAACUGCAACAACGGGAGUACUACCACAGUUAUCAGUUGUAAAAUACGAUUGUACAAAAUGUGGAUAUGUACUUGGUCCAUUCGUACAAAAUCAAAAUGCUGAAGUGAAACCUGGAUCGUGUCCUGAGUGUCAAAGCAUUGGACCUUUUAUGAUUAAUAUGGAGCAAACAAUAUAUAGAAAUUACCAAAAAAUUACAAUUCAAGAAUCUCCAGGUAAAAUUCCUGCAGGUAGGAUACCUAGAAGCAAAGAAUGUAUUCUUCUAUCGGAUCUCUGUGAUCGCUGUAAGCCGGGUGAUGAAGUAGACGUUACUGCGAUUUACACAAAUAACUAUGAUGGUUCAUUAAACACAGAACAAGGUUUUCCCGUGUUUGCAACGGUACUUCUAGCAAAUCAUUUACAUGUGAAAGACUCGAAAGAAAUUGUAGAAUCUUUAACCGAAGAAGAUAUUUCUAGUAUUAUUUCUUUAAGUAAGGAUCAUCAAAUUUUCGAUCGCAUCGUCGCGAGCAUUGCACCGUCAAUUUAUGGGCAUGAGUAUACAAAAAGAGCUCUAGCUUUGGCAAUAUUUGGCGGUGAAUCGAAGAAUCCCGGUAAUAAACAUAAAGUACGAGGGGAUAUUAAUGUUUUGAUGUGUGGUGAUCCAGGAACUGCUAAAUCUCAGUUCUUAAAAUAUAUCGAAAAAAUCGCGCCAAGAACAGUAUUUACUACAGGCCAGGGAGCUUCAGCUGUUGGUUUAACUGCUUUUGUAAGAAAAUCGCCAACAACUCGAGAGUGGACUUUGGAAGCUGGUGCCUUGGUACUUGCUGAUCAUGGAAUCUGCCUUAUUGAUGAAUUUGACAAGAUGAACGAUCAAGAUAGAACAUCUAUACACGAAGCUAUGGAACAGCAAAGUAUUUCUAUUUCGAAAGUAGGAAUUGUUACAUCUCUUCAUGCUAGAUGCUCAGUAAUAGCUGCAUCUAAUCCUAUUGGUGGAAGAUACGAUGCUAGUAUGACGUUUUCGGAAAAUGUAGAUUUAUCAGAGCCGAUUCUAUCUCGUUUUGAUAUACUUUGUGUAGUAAAGGAUGAAAUAGAUCCUAUGCAAGAUAGGCACUUGGCUAAAUUUGUUGUGAAUUCUCACAUCAAACAUCAUCCGACAAAUGCAGAAAAAACAAUACCUACAGAGGAGAAUGCACGAGAUAUAUCCAUUCCACAAGAUCUUUUAAAGAAGUAUAUAGUUUAUGCAAAACAAAAUGUUCAUCCAAAAUUGACAAAUAUUGAUCAAGACAAAGUAGCAAAGUUGUACAGUCAGUUGAGACAAGAAAGCUUGGCCACUGGAAGUUUACCAAUUACUGUAAGACAUAUAGAAAGUAUUAUACGUAUGUCUGAAGCAAGCGCCAAGAUUCAUUUGCGGGAUCAUGUUCAAGAUACCGAUAUUAAUAUUGCCAUAAGAAUGAUGCUUGAUAGCUUUGUUGAUACGCAAAAAUAUUCAGUAAUGAGAAGCAUGCGACAGACAUUCCAGAAAUAUUUAUCAUAUAAAAAAGAUCACAGUGAACUUUUGUAUUAUAUACUGAGACAAAUUACAUUGGAUACUUUAGCAUUCCAAAGAGCUUUACAUGGAAAUCGCAUUACAACAAUCGAAGUUUCAGAAAGAGAUCUAUUAGAGAGGGCUAAACAGAUUGAUAUACACAAUCUUCAUCCAUUCUAUGAAAGUGAUAUUUUUAAAUCAAACAACUUUGUAUAUGAUUCGAAGAGAAAAGUGAUAAUACAAACACUUCCUGAGAAUAUUGAUGACUAACAAGCAUUAAAUUAUGUAUAUGAAUAAACUUUGUUUUUAUAUAAAACUAUUUUUAACAAUAGAU